CUGAUCGCCGCCGCCGCCGCCGCCCUCGUUCCUUGAGAUCGGUCAGGAUGGAAGGGGAGCUUUUCGUGGACGGGCAACCCCCGGAUUUUUCCGUGCUGCAGGAGCUGCUCUGCCCGCCCUGCCUGGAAUCCGAGCCCAGCAGGAGCCCCAUCCCCAAUCCGAAGGGGGUCGGGCCGGAAGCCGCCGCCACCCGAGAAUCCAGGUUUGAGUCCUUCGUUGGCAUGGCUUGCUGCCUCCCGACCCCGGACAGCAAAGCCCUCAGCUUCUUGCAAGAGUCCGCCCAGCUGCUCUCGCAGCCGCGGGCCACCAGCUUGAACGCCGGGCGGCCGCCGUCGUGGCAAGCCGGCGGGGCGGCCCAGCGCCCUAAGCACAACACUGCCACAGCGCCCCGAAGCGGCAGCUCGCCCGGCGUUGCCGUGGCCUCUUUCGCUCCCUUGGACGCCCUGAGCCUCAUCAGCCUCCACUGCUCCAGCCUCGAGUUAGAUCCCGCCGCGCGGAUCGCGCCUGCAGAGGUCGGGGGGCCCGCGCCGGCUCCCGAGGGACCCCGCCUGGCCCUCUCCAAAGACUGCCGGGGGGAUCUUCCGCUGAGAGCGCCUGGCCGAAAGCCCGUGGAGGCGCCGGCGCCCUUGCCGCCCGGGACUGGCGCUCCGCGCAAGCAGGAGCCUCGGAAGUGCGGCGGGAGAGUUUCCCGAAAGCAGCCGAGACCCAGGCGGAGCUGUGAGUCCCGCGACCCGGCCUUCCAAGGCGUCACCUUCCAACUGCAGCUGAGUCUCUGCCACAGCAGCGUCCCGGGCUGCCGGCUCCUCAUUCGCCACCGCUACAGCAGUGGAAAACUUAGGAAAAGAAGCCGAACUCCUUCAGUAAAAGAAGAAGACAAACCGGGCACUUCUGAGGAGGAAGAUGGAUGUCCUUCUGCCCACAGGAAUAAGCGCUGUGCUUCUUGCAAGACAAGGAAAACUCCACUGUGGAGAGAUGCUGAAGAUGGAACUCCCCUUUGUAACGCCUGUGGCAUUCGGUAUAAAAAGUACAGAAUUCGGUGUUUUCGGUGCUGGAAUAUUCCAAAGCAUGGUGGGAAACCCUACUCACAUUGUUCCAAUUGUGGAGGAAGAUUGCACGUAGUCACCACCCAGCAAAAAUCUGGAAAAAGAGGGAAAGAAAAGAAAUACUGAAUUAUUCUAAGAGACUGUAGUUAUGUGUGAAAUGCACCAGUCACUACCAAGAGACGUCAUCAAUUGAAGAAAAGCCAGUGCUGGAGCAGUGCCAAUGUAAGAGGUUCUUUUCUUUUCUAGAUGUGCAACAUCCUAAAGUUUUGCAAUGAACUGGAUGCCAAAACAGCUCUUGGCAAAUCUGACCAACAUGCCUGACUGAAGGGUCCUCAAGGACAGCAAGGUGGAGGGUUGAUUUGUUUACCGACCAAGAUUCAUUGGAUGCAGGGUUUGUCUUUUUGUUUGUUUCUUUGUGUAGCUGUUUGUUCCUUGCUGACUGCUCAUCUUCUUUGAAUUUGCAGUUAUGCCAUAUGUUGGGUGUUUGUUCUUUGUGUGUGUGUGUGUGUGUGUGUGUGUGUGUGUGUGUUGAGGAGGAUGAAAGAAUGGAAAUUGCCUGUUGUGAGAAAAAAAGGUGUUUCAGUUAACGUUUUUGGCCAUCUGAGCAACUGGAGAGCAGACACUCUGAAAUGACUUUUAAGCAAACACUCCUGCCAAAGACAGAGAAAGUCUAUCAGGUUCAGUUUGACAUGCAUCCCAUCCCAUUCUACCUUGUGCCAUUCGGAGGUCCAGCCACCGUGCUAAAUAUGAUACUUGCACUUUCCAGAAGGGAACUGAAAAAGCUAAACCAGCAUUGCCCCAUCUUUCCAAACUUGUGGGCGCUUGGUGCAUGCGGACAAAGUUUCCUUAGCCCGGAUAAUCCCAUCCUUUCAUUUUGUUUCAAGUGGAGGAAGGGAUUUAUGUGGUCAAGGAUUUUUAAAAAGCAAUUAAUUAUAAUAACUAUGUAUAAUUAAGCAUUUUCUUGAAUUCCUGACGAUGUUUGUCUGUUUCUUUGCUUAUCUAUAAAACAGGCCAAACACAGCUCCAAAUCCCAUUGUUGCUGCAUAAUGUAAGUAAGCUGUAAGUGUGCAAGCACUGCAUGCUGGCUAUUGUAGUCCUCCACUUCCCCAAGUCAGGGAAGCAGUCAUGUCCUUACUCCUGAUGGUGCAGUCAGUGGCAAGUGAUGAGGGGGAAACAACUGCUUGACUCGCCCAAAUCUAUGUUUUUAGCCCCAAACAGAUUUUGGGCGUAAUGUUUAAGCUCUGAAAUAUUUGGAGAUUUAGUGAAAAGAUUUGUUCAGGAUCCUGAUGAAUUUGUUCAGUUAAUAAUAAUUUUAAAAAGGCCAGAAAGGCAUAUAUGGCAGUUAGAGUGAGUUUUGGUGCUUUCGUUAGCCUAUGAUUUAUUUCAGAACUGCUCUCCAGCCUGAGAUUCUGUUGCAUACCAAUGUGUGGGUUUCCUUUUGAAGUAUAUUUAUUUUUGCAGAUAUUUAUUUUUCAAAUGGCGGGUAGCUGUUUUCUUACUUGACAGAGAACAGCCAAAAAGAAAAGAAAAUCUUCUGUAUUGUGAAACUAAAUGCAACUAUUUUGAUUUUCUGUAACCUUUUUCCCAAUUAAUAUACUGAGUCAAGAUUUUGUU